AUGAAGCUGACGGUCACCGCAGUGCUGUGUGUCCUCACCGUGUCCUACCUGUACGGACCGGACCGCUCCUCGGCUCUCCUGGCCCGACGCCGCCGAUAUGUAAACACCCGGAGGAGGGCUACAGCAAUAAGACGCACCAGUGGGUCCAGCGGCGGCGGCAGCAGCUACUGUCUGCAGCAGUACAAAUGUACAGCCAAGUACAGGGUCAACGACACUCUGUAUAGCACGGACGACGCCUACCUUCCUGUAGAGGCCUCGAAGGUUAACCUGUGUAGUGAAGGUAAUACCUGGGACAGCUGCACGUCCUACAAGAACUGCCGCACGAGGUUCCUGGCCAACGGCAGGACUCUCACUACUAACCUGGACGAGCGUCGAAGUAGACGCCGUUGCGCCAUACUCUGUAGUCAGAAGUACGUUUGUUCCCUGAAGUACAUGAUGAACAACACAGUCUACAACACGAAUGACGCGUUCCUGCCCGUGAACGCCACCAAGUUUAACCUGUGUCGUACCGGGGGGACCUGCUGCACCUACUACAGGGACUGCCGCUCUAAGUACCUCAGUCGGGACGGCAGGACCAUCAUGGACAACCUGGACCCCUGGACUGCCACUCAUGUGGGCGACACAACUACACAACCCAAACCAGAGUCAAUUUUCGUGUGCAGCCGCGCUCCUUGCGGAAUGGUCGAGAAGGGCACCCUCCUGACAAUUGCAGCCAGCAUCACCCUGGUGUUGGCUACAACAUUUUGCCUUGUACAGUCAUAA